AUGGCUGGCUCUUCGGAUUCUUCGAUAAGUUCGUCUCUGCCCUCGCUUCCUCCCUCGCCUGGGGAAUCAGCAUCAACUUCUUCGUCUGGGGUCGCUCCUCCUCCUCCCCCUCCACCGCCGCCUCCACCUCCUCCAGCAAAACAACGCAAGAAGCCGGGACCAAAACCAAAGCCAAAGGUUCCUCAGUCGCUGAUUAUCAAACUUCGGCUUGGCUCUGACCAUCUCAAAAACUUUCCACAUACGGCGAAUGCACUUACGAAAUCUCCGCAAGAUUUGACCCCGGGGACUGCUCCAGUAUCUCCACCGCAGCAGGUAGAUGCUAUGUCGCCCAUGAAUUCAGACUUGAACGCGACACCAGUACCUCCUUCUUUGGACAGGCCUAAGGGCACCCCUGGCCCAAAACCGGGCUCAAAACGUGGAAGGCAACCAGGUGCCCAGCCAAGUAAGCCAGGAAGAAAGAGGACUAAACUUGAUCCCAACGCUUCCCCAGCGACUCAUCACUCGAACCACGGUAAACUUGGGCCCAAAGCAAAUCAAGGUGCCAUCAAUGCAGGUCUCCGCGCUUUAGACCGUACAGGAAGGCCAUGUAAACGUUGGGAGAAGUCUACUUUUCGUUUGAAAUCCUUUACAGGUGUCCAGUGGUCUGUCCCUACUUGGGGUGCCCCCUUGGUUGAUUCGUCGGCCCCUCCAACACCUCCUCCUGGAACUACACCUGAGGUCGCCUCAGCAGCACCGUCGGUUACUUCUGAGACCCCAGAGAUCAGAAUUCAUCCCGAUAUGAUGAACAUAGACCCUCCCAAUCAUUUUGAGCAGCCAUAUGUAUCCGAGAGGCUCGCGGUAUAA